AUGAAUGCUUUAUUUGACGGGUAUGUUCAUGCUAAGACAAACUUAAAAGAGUUUGUCGAUCAGUUCGAUAAUACAUUGAGGAAGAAGAUUGAGAGUGAAAGUGAGGCGGACUUCCAAUCAUUCAACGUCACAAUUCCCGUCGUCUCUCCCUCUCCACCUGAGAAGAUUUUUCAGGGGAUAUACACUUGCAAUAAAUUUAGAGAAGUUCAGAAAGAAGUAAUAGGGAUGCUUGCAACUCUUCCUACUCUACACCGGAAGGAUGGUGUAAUUGCGACGUACCAUGUAGAAGAUGAAGUGGAUGUUGAGGAUUUCAUCAAGGAGGUGACCCACACAGUGUACUUUAAUGAGGCCGAAUGUGAAGUGAAGUGUUCAUGUGCCUUGUUUGAGAUGAGAGGGAUACUGUGUAGACAUGUGUUAGGCAUUAUGAGAGUUAACAAAGUCCGUUCGGUUCCUGAAAAGUACUUACUAGAUCGAUGGCGGAAAGACAUCAAAAGGACAUACACUCUUAUACGAAGUAGUUAUGACUUAGUUGAUCAGAGGCCUGAAGUUAGCAGAUAUUCACAUAUCAUCAAGAAAUGCUAUGAAGUAGCCACAAAUGCAUCUUCAUGUGAUGAGCACACUGAGGAUAUGUUAGAUAAGUUAGAUGCGAUGAACUUAGGCUACCGCACCAAGACGCCGCUCUCGAAGGUUGUAACUACUGAUGCCGACACAACGACAGCUGUGAGUUCUAAGAAAGUAUUGAGUCCUAAUGUAGUCAAAGGAAAAGGUAGACCGUCAUCUCUUAGAAAAAAAUCAAUGAUUGAGAAAGUGAAACACACGACGAAUAAGGCUAGUCAAAAAGGAAAGCGUAAACAGCCGCAUGGAAUACAAGGCGUGGAUGUUGGAACGUGCAGGAAUUUAUUUGGACAAGCAGAUGUUGGAACAACACAAAAUGUUCCAGUUCAGCCGUCACAAUACACUACCGAAGUGUUGGACUUUAGUGCAACCGAAUUAGGCUUUGCAGUGAAUGAGACUUAA